AUGUCAGUUUCUACCGCACAACCCAGAGGAAAGGCUCAGCGAUUGAAGCUUAUAACCUCGUACGGCCCGGUGUAUCGCGACAUCAAGUCAACCGAAGCCCGUGACGCUCGACCCGGAGAAAUCCCCGUCAUAGAUGUCUCUGCAAUCUUUGGAUGUGAUCUUCAGGCGAAGAGAAAACUCGCCCGGGACAUUUCUUUGGUAGCUGAGGACACGGGAUUCUUCUACAUCAAGAACCAUGGCAUCUCUGAUUCAGCCAUCGAGGCUGCACUCUCGUCCAGCACGUCCUUCUUCCAGCAGCCUGAAGAGCUGAAACGACACGUGCAUGCAUCACAGUCCAGGUUUCUCAACGGAUGGAGUGACCCCAGAAGCACUCACAAUUCCGACGAGGAGUCUUCAGUGGACAUGUGUGAACACUUCUCUCUCAAAUACGACCCUGAGUACGAUCCUACUGUUGCGGACCUUGAAGGCAUUCCGUACGACUUCAGGCGUUGCUUCAAAGGCGAAGAAUGGUACUGGGAAAGAACGUCGUAUAUACCCGGGUUUAAGGACAAUCUCAUCGACUACUGGCAAGCAGGGUUGUCACUGGCGAGACGCUUGACUGGUGUCUUCGCGCUGGCGCUGGAUCUGCCAGAAGACUACUUCGGGGAGAAGACGCUGUACCCAGACGCAGCCAUGACGCUGAACCACUGUCGCACUGUUCAACAUUCGGCGGAAAGUCCGGGUUCGACCAAUCCACAGUCUGCGAUCUCAGAACCUUUGUCGGCUGCGGAAACGCUUCACCGGACGGGACCAGACACAUUGAACGUUGGGACCCAUACGGACCUCCAACUUUUCACGAUUCUUUGGCAGGACCAGCAGGGUGGGCUUCAAGUGCUCACGAGCCACGGGGAAUGGAUCAAUGUGAAGCCGGUGGAAGGAGCUCUAGGCGUCAACAUUGCCGACUUCCUGAUGCGAAUCACGAAUGAUCGGUGGAAGAGUACGGUCCAUCGCGUCAGGCAUGACGAUUCAGCGGACAGGUAUUCAAUGUCCUUCUUCUUUGGGUUCAAUCUCAACGAGACGUGUGGCGUGCUACCGAGCUGUGUAGACGAGCAAAACCCUGCAAAGUAUGAUCCGAUAUCGUGCGAAGAACUGAUCCGACAGCGCUUCCAAGCAGGCACGGACCGUGGUUAG